CGGUUAAUUUUUUGAAGCUUGACAGUUUCUAAAAGUUGACGGUUAUUUCACAUCACUAAAUUGAACGAUGAAAUAACUUCUUUAAUUUUAUAGUUAUUGUAAUUACAUUCAUAAAAAAUAUUGUCAUAAUUAUCAAUAAUUUUGAGAAAAUUGACCAAUUGACAGGUGGUUUGACGUUUCACAGUUGCCAUACUUGUAUUCGACAAGAGGCUGCCAUAUUGUGUGCGAUAUACUAUCAGGUUGAAAUUCCAAUAUUAUUACGUUUAUAUCAUUGUCAUAAUAAAUACGAUCAUUUUUUCAUAGAGUAGUAAAUUAUUCAUGGUAAUAACGACAAUAUUUUAGUCUCGUCUAAUCCGGCGAUAAACUUUUAUUUUGGUUCUUAAACUUUUCCGACAUAGAUAAGAUUACAGACAUGUCAGCAGGUCCGUAUAAUUAUUCUUAUAUAUUUAAAUAUAUUAUUAUUGGUGACAUGGGUGUUGGUAAAUCAUGUCUACUACAUCAGUUUACCGAAAAAAAAUUUAUGGCAGAUUGUCCUCAUACAAUUGGAGUCGAAUUUGGUACCAGAAUAAUUGAAGUGAAUGGUCAGAAAAUAAAAUUACAAAUAUGGGACACAGCAGGACAAGAACGAUUUAGAGCUGUCACUCGGUCGUAUUAUCGCGGUGCAGCUGGAGCUUUGAUGGUAUAUGAUAUUACUCGCCGUUCUACUUAUAAUCAUUUGAGUAGUUGGCUUGCAGACACACGUAACUUAACAAAUCCUAGCACUGUGAUAUUUUUAAUUGGGAAUAAAAGUGAUUUAGAAGGGCAACGUGAUGUGACCUAUGAAGAAGCGAAACAAUUUGCGGAUGAAAAUGGACUUAUGUUUGUGGAAGCUAGUGCAAAAACUGGUCACAAUGUCGAAGAAGCUUUUUUGGAUACAGCAAAGAAAAUAUUCCAGAGCAUACGAGAUGGCCGUUUGGACCUAAAUGCGGCCGAAUCAGGAGUACAACAUAAUCCUAGUCAACCUGGUCGUACCAGUCUUCAAGGAAUUACUAAUGAACAACAAGCCGGCAAAGAUUCUUGCACUUGUUAGACGAAUAAUUUUUUUCUUCUGUAUAUAGGUCCACUAAAAUCAUGACUACUGAUAACAGAUAUUUACAUUCAUUAUAGAAUAAUUAAGUUAACUUUCAGUUUAAUCUGAUAUAUAUUUUGUUAGCCAAACUGAGAACUUUCUAUCUUUUUAAUAUAAUUAUUACUUUAACAGUGCAAUUAUAUAAUUUACUUUUUGUUGUAUUUUUUCAUACACAACAUAUUUGCUUUAUUAUUCCUGCAGUAAGUUAUAAAUUUUGUAAUUUAAUUAAUGAGAUAAAUAUUAAUACUAAUUCUUUAUCACUAACGGAUGAUCAAUCUUAUGAUACGUUCCUAAUAUAAUCUCAAGAGUUUUUAUUAAGGGUCGACAAGAUUGAGCCUAAUUAAGAUAAGAAUCAUUUAACUAAAUAAGCAUAUUAAACAUUUGAACCAAGUAUUGAUAAAUGAAUAAAUAUAUAUGUAUAUACUUAAA